AUGCACGUCACAACCUUCCUCACGGGGCUUGUCUCCCUCUUGUCUGUCACUACCGCCAUCCCAGUGGGAAACGAUAACCCAACUCCCACAUCCUCCGUAUCCAAGCCUCUCGUCUCGCCCUCGAGCUCUGCCUCUGCCUCAGCUUCGGCUACCCCCUCGCCCAACCCCUACGAGGCUUACACAUGCCCCAAGGGUAAGUUCAAGUCCUGCUGCAUGUCUGUGCAGCAAGCGGGCGGUGAUAUCGUCAAGGGGCUCGGCGAGUUAGUCCCAGUCAUCAGCGGACUGCAGGUUAGCUCGGCUGUAUCUUUCAAGUGCAAGGACAUGGCAGAGAAAGAGGCUCCUGAUACAUGCAACGCGAAGGGUUAUUCUCCCAUGUGCUGCAAUAGCAAAAAUGAUGAUCCCGGCUUCAACUCCUGCAAACCUUUCGCGGAGGUUAAGAAGACUUACUAUACGAACCAAAUGAAGGAUAUGCCGGAGACGCAGGCUGAUUUGAUCAUGGACGUUCUCACUUAA